UAACACACAAAUGCUCCACCUUGUACGACUCGCUCUUGGUCCCCUGUGUUGAGGCACGUAGCCACAUCUGCGAAUCCGAAAGUAUUUAAGCACUGCAAUAACAGUUUCAGUCUUGUUCUUGUGCAACCUCGAAUAUUUCUCCCCAAAGCCGAACUGUUUCGCAAAUCGAACCACGAUGGCCACCCCUCAUACACCACGAUCACGGAAGUCACAGGUACUACUACCAGAUACAGUUCUAGUCCCUCGCCACACCUCACAAUCCGAUUAUCGCACAGGGGAUCUUAAGCUAGGCCGCGAGGCUGUUCUCACUGAUUUAGGAAGGUAUCUGCAGGUCCCGUUCGUUUCCCUAGCGAAGUGUGUCAGUGCCAUGCCUUCUCAACAGCGUCUGGAGGAGAUGCGCAACAACUUAGUUCAAGGCGAGAUUCUCACCGACGACGGCCUGGAAUGGAAGGACUUCAUCUGCCCUGCGAAGAUGUCCGAAGAGAUGACGUUCAAGCCCCUCGAAGGAAUCAUCUCUGGAAUCUUGGAACAAGUCCCUAAUUGUGGAAGUGCCUACAAUACUUCCCAGCCGGAUGGAUACCUUGUGCGGGCGAGCAAUCAAACUGCGCCCAGGAUGCAUUGGUUUGAUAUCGCUGUGCCAUUCGAGUUCAAGAAGGAACGGGAUGCCAGAGCUCUCCGAGAUAACGAACAUAAGAUAAUCUGGAGCCUUCACAACAUCAUGCGCGAGGACCCCUGUCGUCGGUUUGCCUUCGGUAUCACGAUCGAGGACACGCAAUUGAGACUGUGGCUCAGCAAUCGUGCGUUCCUUGCAGUUACAGAGCCUAUCAACUGCUUCGAGGACAUUGAUAGUGUCAUCUCUCUCUUUUACGCUCUUGGAUUUGCAUCUGCGUCUACCUCCUUGAACGGACUCGGAUGGGAUCCCACUGUCGAGCGGAUCUAUGUAGGAGAAAAAAUCCAAUACAAGUUCGCAGUCGGCGACGAAAUGUUCACCACGACACGGGAACUUGCCACCUACGGUGCAGACUCUAUGGUUGGACGUGGAACUCGCGUGUACGAAGCCAUUGACGCUAAUGGGAAGAAGGUUGCCAUCAAAGAUUCGUGGCGAGAAGUUGACCGCCAAUCUGAGGGCGAGAUCCUAGAAAAAAUCUUGGCCUCCUGCGAGAAGCUGGGAGUGGAGGAGUUUACCAAUGCCAAGAGACACUUCGUUGGAGUCCGGCUCUGGAAGGAUGUCACGAUCGACGGUGCCUCGGAUGAGACGGUGAACCCGAUGGUCGGAGACGAGCAUAAUGACACCUGGAAGUGGGAACCCAUCGAUAUCAAGCCCAUCCUCUUCGAAGGCCACAUUUAUCUGCUACGGAGCGAUGUCCCUGACAGUGGUAAACUUUGUGCCUUUCUUCCUACACGAUUGGGCAUUGUUGGGCGAAAGGACGCUGAAAUCCCACAGAGAGUCCACGCGCGCAUCGUUUUCCAUGAUGUUGGAGUCGCUGUCAAGGAUAUGACCUCUCUGGCCGACAACCUGAGUUGUUUGUCCGGCGGACUGAAGGCCCUAUCUUAUUUGCAUAAAGCAGGUUGGGUCCAUCGCGAUUUCAGCGUCGGGAACGUGAUUUGGGUCGUCGAUGACAAUGGGGGCAUCGGCAAACUGGGUGACUUUGAGUACGCGAAAGAGAUAAAUUCAAUCACUUCCCACGACGUUCGAACGGGAACAAUGCAUUUCAUGGCGGUAGAAGUAGAAUAUCAGGAGUACAUGUUCUUCCCCCAACCUUCCCUUCCAUCUGGUAGAAUAUCUCGUGGUACAGGCCUCCCGCCCCGCCCUCCGUUCCGCGUGAACUUCCUGCACGACAUCGAAUCUGUGUGGUGGGCAUAUACGUGGAUCUUCUUUUAUCACACGGACACGAUCACGGCGAACUCCAGCAAUUCCUUUGAUCUGGCAUUCCCUGGUGCGAUUGGCCAUGGAACACGCCAAAACUUCUUCACCAACAUCAGAAAGCUUCAGGAGACCUGCCAAUCCAUCCUUUCAGAUACAUGCCUUGACGUUUGCUAUAAAAUUCCACAUUUUGCACAGACUCUCCAAGACAGUUAUCGAACGGCAGAGUCCAAGUACCCCCUGCUUGCGCUUGAUAACUCCCUGCUGGAAGAUAUACAUAGAGACGCCGCAGGAUAUCUCGAUGAAGCGCAACAGCGUGCUGGUGAUAUCGAACUUUGUCCGCUCCUCAGCCUCCUCAAGCGGAAGAGGCCUCGACUGGAAGGUGAAACGUCGCCUACGCCAAACAAAGCAGGGAAGAGGAUCCGACUCGGUUGAUCUUUUUUUAUUGAUUUUAUGAUAAAGACGAGAAGAUGCUAGACGAGUGUAUCAUAGCUGUUGUGCUUGCCAAUAAUAAUGAUCCUUGUAACUAAAUCUCAUUUGUUGUUUGAAGUUAUUCAACGCUUAUUACUCAAUGCCAGCCCUACCAUUCUCUCCAUUUAUGCUAACCGACGCUGGUAUAGAAGAUAUUGGUAGUCGCGUCUAUGUUCUACGACAGCGAAUGCUAGACUGGAAAGUCGCUUCUAAUGCAAUCAAAUGGCAGCCUCCAAGGAUCUUCUCAGAGCGGGAGCCUCGAGGAUGUUCUGAUAGUAAGACAACCAACUGCUCACCUG